AUGGUCAAUGAUGGACCGAACCGAAUUGAGGGGCAGAACAAAAUUGAGGGGGUAAAACUCAAUAUACCUUAUUUCAAGGGCAGGAGUGAUCCAGAUGCCUACCUUGACUGGGAUAUGAAGAUUGAACAUGUAUUCUCAUGCAACAAUUAUACUGAAAAACAGAAGGUGAAGUUAGUAAUAGCUAAAUUCUCAUACAAUGCCCUUGUUUGGUGGAAUAAAAAUCAAAGAGAGAUUAUGAGAGAGGAAGGGCGGGAGAUAGAUACAUGGACUGAGAUGAGAAGGGCUAUGCGGAAGAGUGAAAUUUACAAUACAAGUGGUUGUGUUGUGAACCUUACAAGAGAGGAUGAAAUUGACAUGUCUUGUGAUUUUUCAGGUCAACAAAAUGACCACUCCAAUUACACUGUGAUGAUGCCUCUCACCCCAGAUAACCAACCAGGAACCUCUGAUUCCAAGCAAGACAAUGUAGGUGGCACAACAACAAGGUUUGCCACAGAAUCUCAACAACGUGGGGGUGGGGGUGGCGGUGAGCCUAAAAUGGAAAGAAGAAUGUCUUCUGUUUUGAGCUCAGUGAAUAACAAGUCCAUGUUGUUGAGGAGCCAAACUCAAGAUUUUGAUCAUAACCGGUGGUUGUUUGAGACCAAAGGCACAUAUGGGAUUGGGAAUGCGUUUUGGCAGGACGAUUCGAAUUCCUUCGGGGACGAAGGAGUCAGCAUGUCGGAUUUCAUGGACAAACCUUGGAAACCACUAACUAGGAAAAUUCCAAUUUCUGGGGCUAUACUUAGCCCUUACAGGUUGUUGGUGGUUGUCCGUAUAAUAGUUCUAGCUUUCUUUUUAACUUGGCGAAUUCGGAAUCCGAACUAUGAUGCAUUGUGGUUGUGGGGAAUAUCAAUUGUGUGUGAGAUUUGGUUUGCUUUCUCUUGGCUCCUUGACAUCCUCCCAAAACUGAAUCCAAUAAACAGAACUGUAGACCUUACUGCAUUGCAUGACAAGUUUGAUCAACCAUCUGCUUCCAACCCAACUGGUCGCUCAGACUUGCCUGGCAUUGAUGUUUUUGUGUCCACUGCUGAUGCUGAAAAGGAGCCACCUCUUGUUACUGCCAACACCAUUCUUUCCAUUCUUGGUGUGGAGUACCCUAUUGAAAAAAUCUCAUGCUAUAUUUCAGAUGAUGGUGGUGCCAUACUUACAUUUGAAGCCAUGGCUGAAGCUGUCAAAUUUGCUGAGGUUUGGGUACCCUUUUGUAGAAAACACAACAUUGAGCCAAGGAAUCCCGAUGCUUACUUCAACUUGAAGAAAGACCCCACGAAGAACAAGAAAAGGCCGGAUUUUGUGAAGGACCGAAGAUGGAUGAAGAGAGAGUAUGAUGAAUUUAAGGUCAGAAUCAAUGGACUACCUGAGGUAAUACGUGAAAGAAGCAAAAUGCACAACUCUAAGGAGGAGAAGAAAGCAAAGCAGUUAGCUAAGGAGAAAAAUGGUGGAACUCUACCACAAGAUUAUACAAGUGAUGUCCCUAAUGCUACAUGGAUGGCUGAUGGCACACACUGGCCAGGGACUUGGUAUGGCCCUACAGCUGAUCACUCUAAGGGUGACCAUGCUGGAAUCUUGCAGAUAAUGAGUAAGGUCCCAGAUCAUGACCCAGUAUUGGGGCAUGCAGAUGAGAAAACUCUAGAUUUCACAGGUGUAGACAUCAGGGUUCCAAUGUUUGCAUAUGUCUCUAGAGAGAAGAGGCCAGGGUAUGAUCAUAACAAGAAAGCAGGAGCCAUGAAUGCUAUGGUUCGAGCCUCAGCUAUAUUGUCUAAUGGACCCUUUAUACUCAAUUUGGAUUGUGACCACUACUUCUUCAACUCCCUUGCUUUGAGGGAGGGAAUGUGCUUCAUGAUGGACCGUGGUGGUGAUCGAGUAUGUUACAUACAGUUUCCACAAAGGUUUGAAGGGAUUGAUCCUUCUGAUCGAUAUGCAAAUCACAACACAGUCUUCUUUGAUGGAAAUAUGAGAGCAUUGGAUGGUCUCCAAGGUCCAAUGUAUGUGGGGACAGGUUGCAUGUUUAGGAGGUAUGCACUCUAUGGAUUUGAACCGCCUAGAUUCAUUGAGCACACAGGCGUGUUUGGAAGAACAAAAACCAAAGUGAACCGUAAUGCACCACAUGCAAGACAAAGCUUUGAUGAUGAUACACAACCCUUAACAUCUGAUUCAGAAAUGGGUUAUCCACAGAAGUUUGGAAGCUCAACUAUGUUCAUAGAAUCCAUAACAGUGGCUGAAUACAAUGGAAGGCCUCUUGCUGAUCACAAAUCUGUGAAGAAUGGAAGACCACCUGGAGCACUUAUAGCGCCGCGUCCACCAUUAGAUGCUCCCACUGUUGCUGAGGCAAUUGCUGUCAUCUCAUGCUGGUAUGAGGACCAGACAGAAUGGGGAGAUAGGGUAGGUUGGAUUUACGGGUCAGUGACAGAGGAUGUUGUGACUGGUUAUAGGAUGCACAACCGUGGCUGGAGAUCAAUUUAUUGCAUCACAAAGAGAGAUGCCUUCCGAGGCACGGCACCUAUAAACCUCACUGAUCGCCUACACCAAGUGCUGAGAUGGGCCACAGGUUCUGUGGAAAUUUUCUUCUCAAGAAACAAUGCCUUUUUCGCGACUCGACGCCUCAAAUUCUUGCAGAGAAUUUCAUACCUCAACGUUGGAAUCUACCCUUUCACCUCAGUGUUCUUGGUCGUAUAUUGCUUCAUCCCUGCACUCUCCCUUUUCUCUGGACAGUUCAUAGUCAAUGGCUUGAAUCCAGCUUUCCUAAUCUAUCUUCUGCUCAUCACAAUCUGCCUCACUCUUCUAUCCCUCCUUGAAGUGAAGUGGUCAGGCAUUGCCCUUGAGGAAUGGUGGCGAAACGAACAAUUUUGGGUCAUUGGUGGCACUAGUGCUCACCUUGUUGCUGUUGUACAAGGUUUGCUAAAGGUCAUAGCUGGCAUAGAGAUUUCAUUUACCUUAACAUCUAAGUCAGCAGGAGAUGACGAACUCGAUGAGUUCGCUGAUCUUUACAUUGUGAAGUGGACUAGUCUCUUCAUCAUGCCACUAACUAUUCUCAUCGUUAACCUUAUUGCCUUAGUCAUGGGGAUCUUAAGGACUGUUUAUAGUGUGAUACCAGAGUGGAAUAAGCUCUUGGGAGGUAUGUUCUUUAGCUUCUGGGUGCUGUCACAUAUGUACCCUUUUGCUAAAGGCUUGAUGGGUAAGAGAGGAAGGGUCCCCACAAUUAUUUAUGUGUGGUCAGGAAUUCUCUCCAUUACCAUUGCAUUGCUUUGGAUUACAAUUGAUCCUCCAAGUGACUCUAUCCAAGCAGGAAAUCUUGAGGUAUGAGAUGAUGAUGGCUAUGAAGAGUAUUAUGCAUUUGGGAAGAUAAAGAUCUAUUGCAAAUACGAGUGUGGAGCAUUUUUCUUCAAUUUUUGUAGAUUGAAAUGCAAAGGAGAACAUAGCUGGCUCCUAUGAAAGUGAGAAAUGUACAAUAGAGAAGUUCUUUUGAAGUUGCUCUUGGUCUGUAGAAAUAUUUUUAUGUUUAUAAAGCUGUAAAUUUUCAUUGUGACAAAAUAAACAAAAUAAA